GUCGACGCAUGACAGUUCGCUAGUCUUCCUGUUCGCUCGUGGCUAGAGGACGUUGGUGUCACAGACGAGAAGGGGGCUCUGCAGAUCGGGGUUUUUUAAAAAUUGUUUUUCUCUCUGAAUCAAGGAAGCAAGUCAACAGAAGCGAAAUGUUUUCCCGCGCCGUGAGACCGACCGUCAGCCUCGCCCGCAGCUUGUCCACCUCGUCCCAGAACAACGCCAAGGUGGCGGUGCUGGGAGCGUCGGGCGGCAUAGGCCAGCCGCUGUCGCUGCUGCUCAAGAACAGCCCCCUGGUGAGUCACCUCUCCCUCUUCGACAUCGCCCACACCCCCGGCGUCGCUGCGGACCUCGGCCACAUCGAGACCAGGGCCAAGGUAACCGGCCACAUGGGCCCCGACCAGCUGGACGCCGCUCUGCAGGGCUGCGAGGUCGUGGUCAUCCCCGCCGGCGUGCCCAGGAAGCCCGGCAUGACCCGCGACGACCUCUUCAACACCAACGCCACCAUCGUGGCCACCUUGGCCGACGCCUGCGCGCGCAACUGCCCCGAGGCAAUGAUCUGCAUCAUCGCCAACCCCGUGAACUCCACCAUCCCCAUCACAGCAGAGGUCAUGAAGAAGCACGGAGUGUACAACCCCAACAGAGUGUUCGGUGUCACCACCCUGGACAUUGUCAGAUCCAACGCCUUCGUGGCAGAGCUCAAAGGCCUCGACCCGGCUCGCGUCAACGUACCGGUCAUUGGAGGUCACGCCGGGAAGACCAUCAUCCCCCUGAUCUCCCAGUGCACACCCAAGGUAGAGUUCCCCGCUGAUCAGCUGUCCGCCCUGACUGUCAGGAUCCAGGACGCCGGCACGGAGGUGGUGAAGGCCAAGGCUGGAGCUGGAUCUGCCACCCUGUCCAUGGCCUACGCGGGUGCCCGCUUCACCUUCUCCGUCCUGGAUGCCAUGAACGGAAAGGAGGGUGUGGUGGAGUGCGCCUACGUCAGGUCCGAGGAGACGGAGUGCAAGUACUUCUCCACACCUCUCCUCCUGGGGAAGAACGGCAUCGAGAAGAACCUGGGAAUGGGCAACCUGUCCGCCUUCGAGGAGAAGCUGGUCGCUGACGCGAUUGGCGAGCUGAAGGGUUCGAUCAAGAAGGGCGAGGAAUUCGUGGCGAACAUGAAGUGAACAGGAGGCGUUAAGUUAGUUGAGAACAACCAGCUGCUGUGAUCGAUUAUAUGUUCUGUCUUAAUAACUUAAAAGGCAUCUGGGUAAAUGUCAAGGUCUCUCGCAGUGUUUCCUCCUUUUUUUGUUUUUGUUUUAGCAGUGGGAUCUUCACCUCGGUCCUCAUUCCUCUGUAUUGUUUACCCUUUCAAACAUAGCUUAAUUUUGCCUCUACAAUCUGUGUACAUACUGUACUGUGGCUUAUCUAUAUUUUACAAAUGUCACAUUGAAACAAAAAUGUCCUCCAUUUUCAUGUACAGUCUAAAUUAAUGGUGAUUUCUCUGCUGAAUGAAUUGGGAGGAAAUACUGUCAAGCCUGGUGAUGCGAGUAGAUGUUAACAGAUGCGCAAACUAUGAACCCCACCAAUAAAACGGUUUCGCUUAAAAAAAA